AUGUCAUCGACACCGACAGCAAAACAACAACAGACACGUCGUCGAAUCAAUACCAACACUACUCAUCAAUCAAGAAAUAUGAAUGCAUAUAUUGCUCGAGAAGAAUACCAUCAACAAUCGUUAAUGAAUAAAAAUCACUACUGGAAUCAGGAUUAUCAUCGAUCGAAUGAUAAUUUCUAUCCCAGUCAUUAUUACCAAUAUCGCAACGCAUAUCCUUCAUCUUCUCAACACAUGCGCAAAGAACGUCAAACGAAGUCUGAACAACAAUACCAUGGCAAAUCGUUGAAUAAUAAUUACACAUCGUAUUACGAUAAUGUACCGCCUCGUCAUCGUCAUGAGAAACGAGAACAACGUUCAUCGCAUGCUGAAGAAACCGAUGUUGUCAAUAAUAAAUCAGAACCAAUGAAACUAUCAAAUUCAGUGAUAAAUGAUGAACAACUAUCAAAACCAUCGCAUUCCGCCUCGUCAACUACCACGAAUUCUGAGAAUACCAUGAACACUUCAUCAGCAAAUCGAAAAGAUUUACAUACGAAAAACUUGGCCGCAGCAGCCAUGGCAGCUCGACAACAAAACGCUCAACCACAAACGAAUCUCAAUGCAAUUCAAACAUUAAUGAAUUCGCUUAUCUUACAGCAACAACAGCAACCAACACAAACGCAAUCCACCAUUCAAUUGCAAUAUCAAUUAACGAAUGCUCUCCUAGCAACAAUGAUUCAACAACGAGUCAAAGAAUCAGUACUUCAAGCUCAAGCACAACAAAUCCAAGCUGCUUUGCCGACAUUAUUAACAGCACAGGCCCUGAUCUAUCAACAGCAUCAACAACAGCAAGGACAGAUAACGCCAAACCCACAGCAAACACAACCAGUCCUCCCAUCGCAUAUUACACAUCCAGGCACAAAGUUUAAUAAUUGUCCUCUUGUGAAAUUUCCCACCGUUCGUCCAACAAACCCAUCAUCAUCAUCAUCAUCAGGUGUUCACAUUCCACAACCAUGUUCAUCAACAAUCCUACCAACGUAUCAACAGAUUCAAGAAAUUGAGCGAGGAAUUUCAUUAGAUCAAGCGAUUCAUUUAAAAAGUGCGAUUGAUAUAACUAAUGUAAAUAAUAAUUUCACUCCUAAUGACAGCACUUCUACAGAAUGA